AUGACUCCGGUUCAAGAAGGUAUUAGAACUCAAUCUAUUUCAAUUCCAAACAAUAUAACUACAACUUCAAAUAAUAUUAAUAAUGCUGCUCCUCAUUCUCCAAUCCAAUUUAGUGAUGAAAUAACUUUAGGUGAAUAUAUUUUUUAUCGUAUUCAUCAAUCUAAUCCAAAAUUGAAAUCUAUAUUUGGUAUACCUGGUGAUUUUAAUGUUGAUUUAUUAGAACAUGUUUAUUCACCAUUAAUUACUUCGAAAGGUAUUAAGUUUAUAAAUACAUGUAAUGAAUUAAAUGGCGCUUAUGCAGCUGAUGGAUAUUCAAGAGUAAUUCAAGGUUUAUCUGUUUUUAUUUCAACUUUUGGUGUUGGUGAAUUAUCUGCAAUUAAUGGUAUCGCAGGUGCAUUUGCUGAAUUUUCACCAGUUUUACAUAUUGUUGGAACUACAAGUUUAAAACAACAACAAGAAUCUAAAAAUCAAGUAAUUAAUAUUCAUCAUUUAGUACCUAGUAAAAAUGCACUAAAUGCACCAAAUCACAAUGUGUAUAAAAGAAUGGUUGAAGAUAUUUCAGUUAUUCAAGAAACUUUAGAUUUUGAUAUGAGUUUAAAUAUGGUUAAAAUAGAUAAGGUAUUAAAAACAAUCAUUAAUGAAUCAAGACCAGGUUAUUUAUUUUUGCCAUUUGAUUUACCAAAUUUGAAAAUUAAAAGUAGUGAAUUAUUUAUGAAUCCAUUUAAUUCAAAUUCAAUUUAUGAUCAUUCAUCAAAAUCUAUUGAAAUUUUGGAAAAUGCAACUGAUUUAAUUUUAGAAAAAUUGUAUCAAUCUAAAUCUCCAUCUAUUUUAUCAGAUUGUUUAACUACUAGAUUUGGAUUUCAAAAUGAUUUAAAUAAAUUUAUAAAUAAAUUACCAGAAGAUAAGAUUAAAUUGUUUACUUCUAAUGUUGCUAGAAAUUUAGAUGAAACUAAAUUGAAUUAUAUUGGAGUUUAUAAUGGUAUUGGAUCAUCAAAUGAACAAGUUAAAAAUGAAUUGGAAAAUUCUGAUUUUUUAUUAAUUUUAGGUUAUUUUGAAACUGAAAUGAAUUCAGGUGGUUAUACAUCAGAUUUUUCACAUAUUCCAAAUGGUGUGAUUAUUCAUCCUGAUUUUAUUAGAAUUAAUAAAUCUUAUAUUCCAAUUAAACAAUUGGAUGGUGAAAGAUUAUUUACAAUUGGUGAUUUAAUAAAUUCAUUAAAUGAUAGAUUAGAUAUUACCAAAUUACAAGCUGAUUUAAUAUCACUUAGUUCCAAAUAUUAUCCACCAACUUUUCAUCAACCUUCUGAUUUUGAUUUGAAUUGUGUUUCACAAGAUAAAUUAGUUGAUCAUUUUAAUGAGUUUCUUGAAGAAGAUGAUUUAUUUAUUGUUGAAACAAUGUCAUUUUGUUUUGGUUUACCAGAUGUUAAAUUUGCAAAAAAUGUUCAAUUAUUAGCUUCAAAUUUUUAUGGCUCAAUUGGUUAUGCUAUUCCAGCCACUUUUGGUGCAACUAUGGCGAUAAAUGAUCUAACUCUUAAAAAGAGAAUAAUUUUGGUUCAAGGAGAUGGUGCCGCUCAAAUGACAGUUCAAGAAUUAUCAAGUUUUGUAAGAUAUCAAGAAUAUUUACCAAACAUGCCACAAAUUUAUUUGAUUAAUAAUGAUGGAUAUGCAAUUGAAAGAAAGAUAAAAGGACCAUUCAGAUCUUAUAAUGAUAUUAACGGAUUAUGGAAAUGGUGUGAUUUAUUAAAUGUAUUUGGUGGGGGUUCAAACGGCAAAAUGUAUCAAUCUUACUUGUUGAAAAACUUGAAAGAAUUUGAAAAUCAUUUCGAGAAGAAAACAAUUGAAACUGAUCAAGGUAAAUUACAAUUUUACGAAAUAAUAGCAGGUAAACUCGACGUACCAUCUAAAGUUGAUUCAAUGAUGUGUAAAAAAUGA